UGAAGCUGGUUGGGGUCGGCAAGCAGCACUAGCCUCGCACCGGACUCGCCUUCCUGCUCUAGUGCAUUAACUACAAUCUAUGAAUGCGUGCGCACCUCUGUACACGUAUGGGUAAAGGUUAUCAUCAGACGAUCACCUGCGGUGUGUUAUUUUUUGCUGCUGCUGUUGUGCUUCUUCUAUUUUCGGUAUUUCCCUAACGCUGAUUGCCGAAGAAAUCAAUACAAACAACACAGGCGGAAUGUCCGCGGGUUGGCGGGAAGUGUUAAUAGUAUAAAACCACACCAAGUUUUUACUCGCAUGCGGGAUGGAUUGUUUCUCAUCUUGCUGCGUACCCCUUCAAAUUAGCAUGAUGUCCCGAACCAUCGCGCUACUGGCCACAGUAGCUCUUAUGGCAGGCUUGGUAGCCUCUCAGGACACACUGGACGACUUGUACUUGUCGCUGUACAACUUGACCGAGAACAAAAACACCGUGACAGAACAACCAGCUGCUGCUGCCUUGCCGCCUGCGCCUGUUGCCCCACAGGCUCCGGUACAGGCUGAACAACGCUAUACCUGCACCGGCGAGUGUGUGCAGUAUUACCUGUGCAGCGACAACAAGAUCAUUACGGACGGUGCCGGCAUUAUCGAUAUUCGCGUCGGUGAAGACGCAACCGAGGAGUACGAGUGCCCACACUUCCUGAACACCUGCUGCGAGAAGGACUCGGUGCUGGUUGAACCGCCACCGACCGCCACCAAGGCACCACCGACCACGAACACUGGACCGGGUGGACCGGAACCGCGCCGGCCAACCUGCGGUUUCCGCAAUGUCGAUGGGCUGGGUUUCCGCAUCACCGGUAACAAGAACGGCGAAUCGGAGUACGGCGAGUUCCCGUGGAUGUUGGCUGUACUGCGCGAGGAGCGCGUCGCUGACAACAAUCUGAACGUGUACGAGUGUGGCGCUUCGCUGAUUGCUCCGAACGUCGUACUGACCGCGGCCCACUGUGUGUUCAACAAGCAAAAGGAACAGCUGCUGAUCCGUGCCGGUGAAUGGGAUACGCAGACACGGGAUGAACUGUACCAACAUCAAGACCGACGUGUCGCUGAAGUUAUUACCCACGAAGCCUUCAACAAGGGUUCGCUGGCUAACGAUGUGGCUCUGUUGAUCCUGAACGAACCCUUCCUACCGGCCGAAAACGUACAGCCGAUCUGUCUGCCACCGAAGGGUACCUUGUUCGAUCGUAGCAAGUGUUUCGCUUCCGGCUGGGGCAAGAACGUGUUCGGCAAGGAGGGCAAGUACCAGGUGAUUCUGAAGAAGGUGGAGCUGCCGGUUGUUCCGCACGGUGAAUGUCAACAGUCGCUCCGUUCGACUCGACUUGGCAAACGGUUCGUGCUGCACCAAAGCUUCCUGUGUGCUGGUGGCGUUGCCGGACAGGAUACGUGCCGCGGUGACGGUGGCUCUCCACUCGUCUGCCCGAUUCCCGGUUCCCCGACGCACUACUACCAGGCCGGUAUUGUUGCGUGGGGUAUCGGGUGUGGUGAAAACGGAAUCCCCGGAGUGUACGGCAAUGUGGCCUUCUUCCGCGACUGGAUCGAUCAGCAGUUGGUGCAGCGCAGUAUUUUGGCUCGGGACUAUGUCUACACGCCAUAAGCGCACGUGUCCGGCACUGAGAAAAACAAGAGACAAACGUUUAUUAAUGUGCAGCAAAUACUUGUAUUAGGGUUGUAAUAAAAAAAUGAUAUAGUACAUAAAACUG